AUGGCAUCGCAGACAUCUAGCACUGCCGAGCCGGCACACGACCCCAAGUCGUCGAGCGACUACAUCCAGUUCCAGUGUCUUCCUCCCGGAGGAGCGCUGAAUCGCUGGUCGGCGCGCCUUACUAAAGACCAUGACUUUCCCGGAGCGCAGGCCAUGCUCUACGGAGCUGGAGUUCCGGAUCGAGAGACGAUGAAGAAUGCGCCGCAAGUGGGCAUUGCGAGCGUAUGGUGGGAGGGCAAUCCGUGCAACACACAUUUGCUAGAAUUCGGCCAAAUCGUCAAACGCUCCGUCGAGAAACAAGGCAUGCUCGGCUGGCAAUUCAACACCGUCGGCGUCUCAGACGCAAUCACCAUGGGCGGCGACGGCAUGCGCUUCUCCCUCCAGACCCGCGAAAUCAUCGCCGACUCCAUCGAGUCCGUCACCUGCGCCCAGCACCACGACGCAAACAUCUCCAUCCCCGGCUGCGACAAGAACAUGCCCGGCGUCGUCAUGGCCGCCGCGCGCCACAACCGGCCCUUCAUCAUGAUCUACGGCGGCACCAUCCGAAAGGGCCAUUCGAGCCUGCUGGAGCGCCAGAUCAACAUUUCCACCUGCUACGAGGCGUCUGGCGCGUACGCCUACGGCUCGCUCAAGGCAAAGAGCGACCCCGAUGCCCCCGGGCGCUCCAGCUCCGACGUCAUGGACGACAUUGAGCGCCAUGCGUGUCCCGGCGCCGGCGCCUGCGGAGGCAUGUACACGGCAAACACCAUGGCCACGGCCAUUGAAGCCAUGGGCCUCACUCUGCCGGGCUCGUCGUCGUAUCCGGCCGUCUCGCCGGAAAAGUCCCGCGAGUGCGAGCGCGUCGCCGAGGUCAUCAAAGUCACCAUGGAAAAGGACAUUCGCCCCCGCGACAUCAUGACCCGCGCCGCCUUUGAAAACGCCCUCGUCCUGACCAUGAUCCUCGGCGGCUCGACAAACGGCGUGCUGCACUUCCUCGCCAUGGCCAACACUGCCGGCGUGCCCCUCACUCUGGACGACAUCCAGCGCACGAGCGACCGCACGCCCUUCCUGGCGGAUCUCGCCCCCAGCGGAAAGUAUCUCAUGGAGGACCUGUACAAGGUUGGCGGAACGCCCUCGGUGCUCAAGAUGCUCAUCGCAAAGGGCCUCAUUGACGGAUCCAUCCUCACCGUGACUGGCAAGACGCUCGCCGAGAACGUCGCCGACUGGCCUUCCCUCGACCCGGGCCAGCAAAUCAUCCGCCCCCUCGAAGACCCCAUCAAGUCCAGCGGCCACAUCCGCAUCCUCAAGGGCAACUUCGCGCCCGGCGGCGCAGUGGCCAAGAUCACCGGCAAGGAGGGCCUCUCCUUCACCGGCAAGGCCCGCGUGUUCAACAAGGAGCACGAGCUCAACACCGCCCUGACAAAGGGCCAGAUCAAGCGCGACGACGGCAAUCUCGUGCUGAUUGUGCGAUACGAGGGACCCAAGGGCGGCCCAGGCAUGCCGGAGCAGCUGCGAGCGUCGGCAAUCAUCAUGGGCGCGGGGUUGAGCAACGUUGCGCUCGUGACGGACGGUCGGUACAGCGGUGCCUCUCACGGCUUCAUCGUAGGCCACGUAACGCCCGAGGCAGUAGUAGGAGGGCCGAUUGCGCUGGUUCAGGACGGAGAUGAAAUCACCAUCGACGCUGAGACGAAUAGAAUCGACGUUGCCAUAUCAGACGAGGAGAUGGAAGAGCGAAGGAAGAAGUGGACGCCACCGGAACCAAAGAUCAAGAGAGGCGUGCUGGCCAAGUAUGCGCGGUUGGUAGGCGAUGCGAGCCACGGAGCUGUAACAGACGGAUGGUGA